AUGCCACAGGCCGAAGUUCCUCCGGACGUUGUCAGCUUCAAUGCCGCAAUCAGCGCUUGCGGUCCGGCAAACUGGCGGCUGGCUCUCCAUCUGUUUCACGCCAUGCCUUCAGCCAACUUGAAGCCGAGCCUUGUCAGCUAUAAUGCCGUCCUCGAUGCAGCUUGCCAUCGAAGUGCCGGCUAUACAUUAUUUUUGCAAGCUUUGCAUGCCAACUUCUACGACCACUUGCUCCACAAGGGCUCGACGACCUUAGACUUGCAUGAGAUGUCACCUGGAUCAGCUCUGCUGGCUGUGAAAUGGUGGCUCUCCGUCGUUUUACCAGCUCUCCUUCAUCCUCAGAGACGUCAGAUAUGCACCAUU